UAUAAAUGAAAAUCAUAUUAAUCGAAUAAACCGCGAUUUCAAUCGACCCAUUCCUCGCACGCAAAUCGUAUGAUUCCUUGACUUCCCUCCCCGAAGCCAUGAACGAAGAAGACCUCCGCCCAUCUCCUCCACCCUUGCUUCCCAUGGAACCUUCGGAUCCCUCCCCCGAUCUCUUCAUCGAUGCCCUCAAUGCCUUGCCCAAUGCCCCCGAUGCUGAGACCCCCACCGCCUCCUCGUCCACCGCGCCGCCCUCUCCCCCGCCUUCCCUCCGCCGCCGCCGUCUUGCCGCUUCUCGUUCAGCCUCCGUGCGAGAUAGACGACCCAAGGUCCUCCCUGCUGCCAGUGAAUCCUCCUCCGCGCCUGAUAAGCCCGUGUUCUCCGCCUCCACCGUCACCUCGGAUCAGGUUGAUGCUGGAAGGGAUACGCCGCGCGAGAAUCCAGCAGUACAUGACGCUGAAUCUCCUCCGCACAGCGCCUUGAUCCUAAUAGCUGGUCUCAUCAUCAAAGCGAUUCUCUUUCAAUUCAGUUUGCUUGUUAACUUUUUAAAGUUUCCAUUACGGAUGCUCUAUUUGUCUUUCUUGUUCGUCACUGAUCCGUUCGGAACCCUAAUUCUCGCAAAAGAUAGCGUAAAAGAUCGAUUCUUGAGGAUAUUUAAGUUUCUUAUGGAGAAGUUAAGCCCGGUGGUGGUGGAGCUGAUUGGAGGGCGGUUGGGUGUGGGGAAAUUUGUGAUGAGAUUAGCGUGUGGUUUCUUUUGGGUGACAUAUGUUUGUUUGGUGCUGUCUGGGAUCUUGGUGACGGCGUUUCUGAUAGGGAUGGUGGUAAUGGGGAGGGUUGUGGCGGAGCCCGUGAGCAUUGUGGAGGAAUUGAGCUUUGAUUAUACAAAAGCGAGCCCAGAUGCUUUUGUACCAUUGGUAUCUUGUGGUGGUGGGCAUUGUGGAUUUGAAUGCCCGGAGAAUGUUGGAGUGGGGAGGCGGCUGGUGCCUCCAAAUCAUAGGCUGCAGCUGACUAUUUCACUUACCUUGCCCGAGUCGGAUUAUAAUAGGAAUCUUGGAGUCUUUCAGAUUAGAACGGAAUUUCUUUCUGGAAAUGGCGGAGUCAUUUCGAGUUCCAGCCAGCCAUGCAUGCUACAAUUUAAAAGCUCUCACAUUCGCCUGAUUGAAACUUUUCUUAAGAGUGGAACCAUUUUAGCAGGCUACUCCUCAGAAUCACAGGUUUUAAGAUUGAAAAUGAAGGGCUUCACAGAAGGAACUGAACCAACUGUGUGCAUAAGGGUCAUUCUUGAACAAAGAGCACAGAACAGACCUGGUGCUGGCAUUCCUGAGAUUUAUGCUGCAUCACUGAAACUCCAAUCGGAGCUCCCUCUUUUCAGAAGAAUGAUAUGGAACUGGAAAAGGACUUUGUUUGUCUGGAUAAGUACAUGUCUGUUCAUUUUUCAGCUACUGAUUGCUUUGGUUUGCUGUCGGCCUCUCAUAGUUCCAAGGAUGAGGUUAACUGAUGGUCCUCCCAGAAGGCGAUAGCAUCUGAACUCUAUGUGAAGUUUUUCCUUGUAAGAAGCUGAUUAUAUGAUGCUUCUCCUUUAAGAGCUUUUAGAUACCUGUUACAGGACUGAUUCACAUUGGGCAGCGGUUUGGCUUUUCUCGGACCCCUUCAGCUGUAUCAGUUUACACACGAAAAGGGAAGAGUAGAUGGAAGAAAGAUUCAGUUGGUUUUCAAGCAAAACCAUCUAAGAGGCAGCUACCCUUGAAACACAAUGAGAGUGACCAGCCAUUUCAUC